GGGGGUUCAUGGGGUCACACAGUCCAAGGUCCAGCUGCCAACACCCAGCAAGUGGGAGGCACUGCGUGGCUUCACUAUGAGCACAGAUAGGAGCUGCUGCAUCUCUACCUGAGCAGCCACAGCUCCACACAGCCGGGACAGCGGGCACUGCAGUGCCCUGUGGCAGUAUCUCUUACACCCUGCAUCCCGGGUCAUCCAUGUGGCCCCAUCCGCUGUCUCCUACAUCCUUCCAUGCCCUUUGUGCCCGUGUGCUCUGUCUGCUACUGUGCUCCGUCUCCCCACUGCCUUCUGUCACCUCCUUGCUCCUGAAGACGCGGAGUGCCACCAGCUGUUUCCUUCAUACACCUCCAAGCCACCAAUUGCCACCUGUAUCCCCGUCUGCCCCAGGUUACCAAAUGUCCCCAAGCACUUUCUGUGUCUGUGUGCAUCACCGAAUGCCCUUUGCCAAGGGAGAGGGACUCACUUCUGCCCCUGCAUGCCUCUGUGUCUGCAGGUGUGUACCGUCUGCUGCCCAUCUUCCUCCUCUCCCACUCGAUCAUAGAACGGACUGGGUUGAAAUGGAUGAUAAUGAUCAUUGAGUUUCAACCUCCCUGCUAUGUGCAGGGUUGCCAACCACCAGCCCAGGCUGCCCAGAGCCACAUCCAGCCUGGCUUUGAAUAUCUCCAGGGAUGGGGCAUCCACAACCUCCUUGAGCUCCUUGGGAAGAAGGAGAUCUUCCCCCCCAGUUUGUAUAAGCACCUGGGAUUGCCCUGACCCAAAUGCAGCACCCCACACUUGGCCUUAUUGAGCCUCAUUAGGCAUCUCCAGCCUGUCCAGGCCCCUCUGCAUGGCUUCCCUUCCUUCCAAUGCAUCGACUGCGCCGCUCAGCUUGGUGCCCUCUGCAGACUUGCUCAGGGUGCCCUCAACGCCGUCGUCUGUGUCAUUAAUAAGACGUUGAAGAGCACCGUUGUCCCCCGGCUGACCCCGAGGGACGCUGUGCCCACCCUCCACCCUGCCACAGACCCAUUGAUCGCAACCCUUUGGCUGCGUCCGGCCAGCCAAUUCCGAAUCCAUCCAACAGUCAUCCAUCCUUCAAAUCCACACCUCUCCAAUUCAGAGAAGGCUGUGGUGAGGGGCCGCGUCAAAGGCCAUGCAGAAAUCCACGUAGAUGACAUCCCCCGCCCUCCUCCCAUCCACCCGAGCCGUCACUCCAUCGUCGAAGGCCACCAGAUGGCUCAGGCAGGAUCUGAUGUUGCUGGAGCCGUGCUGGCUGUCUCCUAUCCCUUCUUUAUCUUCUAUAUGCCUUAACGCAGCUUCUAGGAGGCUCUGCUCCACGAUCCUCCCAGGCGCAGAGCUCCGCCGAUGGCGCCGCUGGCGGAUCUUUACCACCUGACGAUGGCGUACGCUCUGUGGCGGACGGGACGGCACCGGGACCCCGCGGCCGCGGAGCUCUUCUUCCGCCGGGAACCCUUCGGUGCCGCCUUCGCGGUGGGAGCGGGGCUGGGCCAGGCCUUGCGCAGCCUCGGGGCGCUCCGCUUCUCGGCUGCGGACAUUGCCUACUUGCGCUCGGUGCUGCCCAGCACAACGGAGGAUGCCUUCUUUGAUUACCUCUGCACUGUGGAUGCCUCUGAGGUCACCGUCACGUCUGUGCCCGAAGGCUCCAUUGUGUUCUCCAGGGUCCCGCUCCUACAGGUGAAGGGACCGCUGCUGGUGGUGCAGCUGCUGGAGACCACCUUGCUGUGCUUGGUCAGCUACGCCAGCCUGGUGGCCACCAACGCCGCUCGAUUCCGCCUUCUUGCUGGCCCGCAGAUGAAGCUGAUGGAGUUGGGUCUACGUCGCGCCCAGGGUCCAGAUGGUGGACUUUCUGCCUCCAAGUAUUCCUAUAUUGGAGGCUUUGACUACACCAGCAACAUCCUGGCAGGGAAGCUCUAUGGCAUCCCAGUGCGUGGCACCGUUGCCCAUUCCUUCAUCAUGUCCUUCAGGUCGCUGGAGGAGGUGCAGCCCAGAGUCCUGUCGCCGCUGGAAGGUGGGGAACCUGUGGAUCUCCCAUCCCUGGCCGAGUCGUGGCUGCAGCGUGUGUGUGAGCUGCUGGGGACCCCCAGUGACAAACCCAACCGUGGUGAGCUGGCUGCCUUCGUGUCCUACGCCAUCGCCUUUCCACAGGACUUCCAGGGGCUACUGGACACCUACUGCGUCAUGAGGAGCGGUCUGCCCAAUUUCUGUGCUGUAGCAUUGGCCCUACACCAGUUGGGGUACCGUGCCAUCGGGGUGCGCCUGGAUAGCGGGGACCUCAUCCAGCAGUCCAAGGAGACCCGGAGGGUGCUCCGAGCCUGCGGUGCUCACUUCCAGGUUCCCUGGUUUGGGAGCAUCCCCAUAGCCGUGAGCAACGACAUCAGCGAACGGAGCGUGGAGGACUUCGUCCGAGAGGGGAGUGAGAUUGACAUGGUUGGCGUGGGGACAAACCUGGUGACGUGUCCCCUACAGCCGUCGCUGGGCUGUGUUUACAAGCUGGUGGAGGUUAAUGGCUCCCCGUGCCUAAAGUUCACAGAAGAGGAGGAGAAGAUGACUAUCCCAGGGAUUAAAGCAAUAUAUCGGCUCUACGAUGCUGCUGGUCAUCCCUUCAUGGACCUCAUGGCCCUGGAGAACGAGCCCUCACCUAGCGUGGGGCAGGAGUUGGCGGUCCACAUCCUGGGGAGGAGAGGAGAGGCCACCAAGAUCAGGCCAAGUGCUGUGAAGCCCCUCCAUCGCAUGUACUUGAGAGAUGGACAGGUGUGUGAGGAGCUGCCCAGCUUGCAGGAGGUACGGAGCCAUGCACAAGCAUCCCUCAACCUGCUCAGUCCUGUGCACCGCCAGCUCCGUGACCCCCAGCCCUACCCGGUAGCCGUGACAGAGAAGCUUCAUCUCCUCCUCGUAGAGUUGCAGAACGCUAGCCAGUGAGGGGUACCCCAAAUCACCCCCCAGCACUGAGACCAGCACUUCUGCUUUUUGGAAGAUCAGGUGAUUAAUUGGGAUGGUUCUAAUGGUUCUGCUGCUCUGCGGUGCUGCUCCGAGGACUGUGCAGGAACUGCAAGAGCUCCUGUGGUCCUCUCACUGCAAAGCUGUGGACAAAGGAAUGGGGCAGACAGAGCUGGGAGGUGAUGAGGGAGCUGUGUCCAGCCAUGUCCACCGUGUUGCUGUGGGAGCAACGCGUUUUCUUCCUUGCUGACCUCGGUGGCCUUGCCAGCCCUAUGCCUUCAGUGAUGACAGGACUGAUGUCACCCAUCACCGACAUGCAGCAGCAGGCCACGUCCCCAUCUUGUGGCAUCCUACACCUAAUUCUAGCACCAAAGCCUUUGGAAUGUCAUUGGGAGUACCCACGGGCCAGCAGGAACGCGUGGAAGUUUUAAAUCAAAUACCAUCCAGAAACGUUGCACGGAAUGGAUAAAAAUGUCAAAGAAUAAAUCAUGUGCCUUUCUGA